GGGUGAAUGGGACAGUGAAGGGAGAGCGGCGCCGAGACCUGGGCGGGUACGAGAGCUCCUCCACGCUCAUGAGCAGUGAGCUGGAGACCACCAGCUUCUUCGAUUCAGAUGAAGAUGACUCCACCAGCAGGUUUAGCAGUUCAACAGAGCAAAGCAGUGCUUCCCGUCUAAUGAGGAGGCACAAGCGACGCCGGCGGAAACAGAAGGCUCCACGCAUUGAGCGGUCAUCGUCCUUCAGCAGCAUCACAGACUCCACCAUGUCCCUGAACAUCAUCACGGUCACGCUGAACAUGGAGAAAUACAACUUCCUGGGCAUUUCUAUUGUGGGACAGAGCAAUGAGCGUGGGGAUGGAGGCAUUUACAUUGGCUCUAUCAUGAAGGGCGGCGCUGUGGCAGCUGAUGGCAGGAUUGAGCCAGGAGACAUGCUCUUGCAGGUAAAUGACAUCAACUUUGAGAACAUGAGCAACGAUGAUGCUGUGCGGGUGCUGAGGGAGAUUGUGCACAAGCCGGGGCCCAUCACCCUGACGGUGGCCAAGUGCUGGGACCCCAGCCCCCGGGGCUGCUUCUCGUUACCCAGGAGUGAGCCCAUCCGGCCCAUCGACCCGGCAGCCUGGGUGUCUCACACGGCAGCGAUGACUGGCACCUACCCAGCGUACGGUAUGAGUCCAUCCAUGAGCACAAUCACUUCCACCAGCUCCUCCAUCACCAGCUCCAUCCCAGAGACCGAACGCCUCGAUGACUUUCACCUGUCCAUCCACAGUGACAUGGCCACCAUUGUCAAAGCCAUGGCCUCACCAGAGUCAGGCCUGGAGGUGCGUGACCGCAUGUGGCUGAAGAUCACCAUCCCCAAUGCCUUCAUUGGUUCGGAUGUGGUGGAUUGGCUCUAUCACCAUGUGGAGGGCUUUACAGACCGUCGUGAAUCCCGCAAAUAUGCCAGCAAUCUGCUGAAGGCUGGCUACAUCCGACACACCGUGAACAAGAUCACCUUCUCGGAGCAAUGCUAUUACAUCUUUGGGGACCUCUGUGGAAACAUGGCUAAUCUUUCUCUUCACGAUCACGAUGGCUCCAGCGGUGCCUCUGAUCAGGACACUUUGGCUCCGCUCCCCCACCCAGGAGCCGCACCCUGGCCUAUGGCUUUCCCAUAUCAGUAUCCACCGCCUCAUCCAUACAACCCCCACCCUGGCUUCCCUGACCCAGGCUACAGCUACGGAGGGGGCAGUGCAGGCAGCCAGCACAGUGAAGGGAGCCGGAGCAGCGGUUCCAAUCGCAGCGGCAGUGAGAGGAGGAAGGAGAGAGAGAAGACCGGGGAGUCCAAGUCAGGUGGCAGCGGAAGCGAGUCG